UUAUACACUAUCACAAACGAAAAUUAAUCAAACCAAAAAAAGAGUUCGAGAAAGGAGAGCUUAGAGCGCUAUGGAGAGCAAGAAAAAGCAAUUGUCUGAGAACUUGCGCGAUCUGAAGAAUGCCGUCCAAGUGCGCAUGGACAACAAGACGACGACGGCCGCGGAGUUAGAGGCAAUUUCCGAGAAGCUUCUCAAGUGCUGCAUUGAUGUCAUGACGAUCACGGUGAGACCGGUGGAGGGAGAGGGACCAUCGGAGAAACCAUCGAAGGCUGAAGUGAAACCAUGAUCGACGUCCACGGUGGUAUCAAAGUUAUGAAAAAUAAUAUAUAUAACUAAUUAGGAUAAUCUAUCUUUUAGUUUCUAAAUAACUAUGGUUGUUUCUGUUAAGAAAACCUAGAUGAUGAUGGUAUAGACAAACUUUAAUACAUAACGAUAGGGUAUAUAUAUGCUCUGUUAUUUGUUUAUAAAUAACGAAUGUGUUUUUGUGAAGAAAUCUAAUACAGUGGACUGUGGACA